AAUCGGUCUAACUUUCCGGAGCCAGUUGAUAUAUAUAUAAAAAAAGUUUUGCCUGGAAUACCCCUUUAAACAACACAAUGUAACUCCAAAUCAAUCACACUUCUGUGAAAUCACACUGUCCACUGAUUGACAAUCAAUUUCACAUGCUGUUGUGCAAAUGGGACAGACAACAGUUGGAAAUUAUAGGUAAUUAGCAUGACACCCGCAAUAAAGGAGUGGUGACCACAGACCACUUCUCAGUUCCUAUGCUUCCUGGCUGAUGUUUUGGCCACUUUUUAAUGCUGGCGGUGCUUUCUCUCUAGUGGUGGCAUGAGACUGAAUCUACAACCCACACAAGUGGCUCAGGUAGUGCAGCUCAUCCAGGAUGGCACAUCAAUGUGAGCUGUGGCAAGAAGGUUUGCUGUGUCUGUCAGGGUAGUGUCCAGAGCAUGGAGGCGCUACCAGGAGACAGGCCAGUACAUCAGGAGAUGUGGAGGAGGCCGUAGGAGGGCAACAACCCAGCAGCAGGGCCGCUUCGCUACCACUGCAUUUGUGCAAGGAGGAGCACUGCCAGAGCCCUGCAAAAUGACCUCCAGCAGGCCACAAAUGUGCAUGUGUCCACUCAAAUGUUCAGAAACAGACUCCAUGAGGGUGGUUUGAGGUCCCCAUGUCCACAGGUGGGGGUUGUGCUUACAGUCCAACACCGUGCAGGAUGUUUGGCAUUUCCCAGAAAACACCAAGAGUGGAAAAUUCACCACUGGCACCCUGUGCUCUUCACAGAUGAAAGCAGGUUCACACUGAGCACAUGUGACAGAGUCUGGAGACGCCGUGGAGAAUGUUCUGCUGCCUGCAACAUCCUCCAGCAUGAUCGGUUUGGCGGUGGGUCAGUAAUGGUGUUGGGUGGCAUUUAUUUGGGGUGCCACACAUAUGCUGGUGCGGUUGGUCCUGGGUUCCUCCUAAUGCAAGACAAUGCUAGACCUCAUGUGGCUAAAGUGUGUCAGCAGUUUCUGCAAGAGGAAGGCAUUGAUGCUAUGGUCUGGCCCGUCCGUUCCCCAGACCUGAAUCCGAUUGAACACAUCUGGGUCAUCAUGUCUCUCUCCAUCCACCAACGCCACGUUGCACCACAGACUGUCCAGGAGUUGGCAGAUGCUUUAGUCCAGGUCUGGGAGGACAUCCCUCAGGAGACCAUCCACCACCUCAUCAGGAGCAUGCCCAGGCGUUGUAGGGAGGUCAUACGGGCACGUGGAGGCCACACACACUACUGAGCCUCAUUGUGACUUGUUUUAAGGACAUUACAUCAAAGUUGGAUCAGCCUAUAGUGUGGUUUUCCACUUAGAUUUUGGUUGUGACUCCAUAUCCAGACCUCCAUGGGUUGAUAAAUUUGAUUUCCAUUGAUAAUUUUUGUGUGAUUUUGUAGUCAGAACAUUCAACUAUGUAAAGGCGAAAGUAUUUUAUACGAUUAGUUCAUUCAUUCGGAUCUAGGAUGUGUUAUCUUAGUGUUCCAUUUAUUUUUUUGGAGCAGUGUAUAUCUGGUACUGAUAAUAGUAUCAUCACAGUGUAAUUUUAAUUCACUGUUCAUAGGGUUUAUUUGACAAUAAGUAAAAGUUAAUUUUUAUAGGUGGGCACAAUAUAAAGGGGUGUUUGUUACUCGGGGCCUUGGCCCAGGAGUUGGUGGUUUUUCUAUUAAAGGACCCCUUACCCUCCUUAGGGUUUUUUGUUGAUAGCAUUGGGAGUUAUUAAAUAGAAGAACAUGGGAAUUAGGAACUACUAUGAGAGGCUCAGCAGUAUGAGAGGGAGCACAAUAUGAAGUGCAUAAGAAGAUAGAGAUACAUAGAAAUACAGGUGGAGAAGCACAGCUAUGCUUGAUGUCAGGCAUGCAUGAUGGGAACGGUAGUCUGCUACCCACAUGAGCUGCAGCUAAAGCCAUAUCUAGUCUGGCUGUGAAGAAGCACAUAAGGAGAAAAGGUAUGACAAAAAGGUAAGUAUACAUGUUUAGGCUGUAGGAUUAGUAUUAUACUGCUUUAUUGUGUAUAAUGACCCUGCAGCCACCAUUCAAUUUUUUGCUCCAAACUCCAGAAUUCCUCUGUAACUGCAGUAUUCAGAGAUUACCACUAGGUGUCAUCAAAGGCACAUUAAAUCAGGUCUAUACACGCAUAAUAAUCUUACAUACAUAAGUACACCAGUCAUUCCCUUACAUAAAGUAAAAAUAUAUGUUUGACUAGUCUGACAUAUUGGCUGGCUUACUAUCAGCUUUACAGAAAAACUAUCCGAGAAAUCUGAAUCCUAUGAGACCAAAGUCUUAGCUUGCAAAUGAAGAAAGAAUGUAGAAGUUAACUAGUUGUGCAGAAGACUGGUACAUAAAGGGAUAUACAAUUCUAUGAAUUUACUUCAAACAAAUGUUCUAUAAGGUGUUAAUGCAGAAAUGAGGAUAUGUAUCUGUAUAUUUUAUGUUGUUUUUCAUGUAUUAGAAGAUUUGCCAUCUUAGUUGAGUGGGAAAACGCUAAAUGCUGAUACCCUCUGCCCACUCGCAGUCUGACCAGAUGUGCCAUACCCACUCAGCUGCCCUUUUGUUGCACUGUUGUAUUUUCUAAGAUGUUCUACAAGUGUCCUGAUGUUUCAUUAUUAAGAAGAAGGAAGCAGGCUGCCUGGGUUCCAGUACUGUCUGCCUGUAGUGGCAGAAUAGAUUUUUGGGGGUUUGGUAUUGUUUCAGCACUGACUGUUUGAGUACUUUUCUAUGCUGUACAAUGUAAUGCACCUCACAUAGUUAGGUAUAUUGCUCUGAAGGAAAUGCACAUCAUGUGGACAUUUCUUUUUUAGUUCACCCUCUUAUGACUGUUUCACGUGUUUGUAUUGUUUGCAAUGUUUUGCCUCUAGUGGAUUGUGGAAUAUUCACAGUCAAAGGCCAUUUUCACAUAGCAAUCUAAACUUUGAAAUAAAAAAUGUGCUUAGAACCUAGCAGGAAUAAUAAAAUCUUUACUUUUUAGACAAAGUCUAUAUUAUCUGUGCACUGAGAUUUACUGGUGGUGAUCAUGAUAUACGUACAGAUUUCUUUUUCUAUAAAAUAUAUGUUAUAUAUUAAAUAUCAGUGACUCCAGGUGACAUAGUUAUAUAGUUAGUACGAUUGGAAAAAGACAUGUCUGUCAAGUUCAGCUCAAUGAAUAAAGGGAAGGGGUAUGGAUUGAUGAAGGGGAUGGGAUGUGAUAACUGAUAAUUGAUCAUUUCUACAUAUGCAUUAAUGUUAUUAUUCUCUAAAAAAUCUUUUUACUGUGACCAGUUCCUGAGGUAGACUUUUCCACAAAUUCACAGUUCUUAUAUUAAAGUAGGCUUGUCUUUUUUGCCAGGCAGAGGCAGUGUCCCCUUGUCUUUUUUUAUUUUUUUUUUAUUUUUUUACCAGGAACAGGAUUUUUCCCAUAUUUUUUUGUAUGGUCCAUUUAUUUAUUUCAAUAAAUUGGUCAUAUACCCCCUUCUCUUAGUCUCUUCUCAAGACUAUACAACUGUAAUUAUUUUAAUGUUUCCUCAUAACUACAAUGUUCCAUGCCCCUUAUUAGUUUAGUUGAUUUUUCCAGCUCCAUGACAUCCUUUCUAUGAACCGGAGCCCAAAACUGAACAGCAUAUUCCAGGUAAGGCCGUACCAAUGCUUUAUAAAGGGGGAGUAUUAUGUCCCUGUCCCUUGAGUCCAUGCCUCUUUUUAUACAUGACAAUAUCCUGCUGGCUUUGGAAGCAGCAGCCUGACAUUGCAUGCUAUUCUGUAGUCUGUGAUCUACAAGUACACCCAGAUCCUUCUCUACCAGUGACUCUGCCAGUUUAAUCCCCCUAGUGCAAAAGUGCAUACUUGUGACCACUUUUGCCUUGUUUACUUCUGUGUACUCUUAAUUUUGUGGGAUGCAAUAGCAUAGCAUACCAUACUUUACUAUGCUUCUUGAGAAACAUAUACCUCCUGUAUACUUUAUUGUUUUUACAUUACAGUAAAUGGAAAACAUAUGAAAAUGUAAAGGUUUAUGUUUCACAUAUGCUUUUUUUUAAUUUUCCAGUAUGCGCAGUAACAUGAUAUGAAUUUCAUUCUACAACUUUAUUUACAAGCAAAAUACUUUACAGGAAAAAAAUAUUUUUUUUUAGUAUAAAAUAUAGAAAUGUAUAGUUAUAAGUUCUAAAAAUACAAAGAACAAUACAAAAAUGUCAUGUUUCAGCUUAAUAAGCAUUCCUUGGAACACUUGUUCCCCAUAAUCGGCUUGUGUGAAAUGGUCUAAUGUCAGCUGCCGAAUGAGCUAACGGUGGUGUUGGCUGAUGGAUCUCUUUGUGUGGCCAAUGAAAUGAUUGUUAUCAGCUACAUAUCGCCUUAUGUAAACAGGAUAUGCGGCCGACAAUGAUGGAGUAUAAGGGCUGCACAAAUGGCCGAGCCUUGUAAAUAGUAAACAAGCUCCGUCCAGCAAGAUCGCUUCUCAUUAUCGGGUCUUAAAAGGCCUUAUGACAUGUUCCUUUGUCAUACUUUGUUUUACUUUUCUUAUUUAGUUAUGCGUUGUCACAUUAUGCAUGAAAUUCUCAGUGCUGCUCAGGGGCUAACAGGGAAUUGUUUGGGUACAACGAUUGGCCCCCAAUAAUAUAUAAAAGAGAAAUUGGGUCAGAUUUAACAAAACCUGACCAGAGGUAAAGACACUGAGUUGCCCAUAGAAACCAAUCAGAUCGCUUCUUUUAUUUUUGAAAAGGCCUCUGAAAAAUGAUCUGAUUGGUUGCUAUGGGCAACUCAGCAAUUUUUCUUCUAGGCAGGUUUUUAAAAAUGUGUCCCAUGAUUCCCAUGAAGAAAUUAGCAAUAUAAUUAUACACACACACUUCUCCAUGUUAGCAGCCAGUUGUGUCAGGGUAAGGACAGUGAUCUAAAGUGUUCUAUGUAUAGGAGAAUAUCCACCCCCCCAUAUACCGAACAGGUAUAUCUACACAUAUCACAUUAGUUACUGUACAUCAUAGGUUAUUUUAGGUUUAGUGGUCAUUUAAACUAUCACUUGAAAUAAAAUGUACUGUAUACAGAACUUAUAAACUGAGAAAACUGAAAUACAUUCGUUUAAAUGGGCCUAGAAAUGGGAAAUCCCUUGACUCUUUUGUAACCCAAAGUUAAGAUUACAUUAUAAAUAACUUUGCUACCAAAAAUGUGUAUAUAGCACAGUAGCCACAUAGAGCAUUGUGGUAUUCUUGUAUGCCUAAUAUAAUAAAAUACUUUAUAGUGAGUGCAAAGAAAACAAUGUGAUUAUGUGGUAGCGACAGGAAUUCAGCUGCAUGUUAGUUCUGUCUGUCAUAAACCAGUGUUUUCCAGGACCACAUACAUCUGUGUUACAUCUUCUGUGAUGCCAUACACUGGAUCAUGCGUAGUUCUGCAGCGUUCAUCGCUGAAGGCUUUUAUGCAGCGCGUGAACCAGCCCUGUUCUAGAAUAAAUCUCUAAUCUCCAGCAAGAUAGAUAUUUUUGCAAUGUGUCUUUUGUUCCAUUUACAUGGCUGUUCCUACUGUUAAGAAAUUUAUUUUUAUUUAAAUAAUUGGUUGUUUACCUGAACUUUUGUCCACGUAGCUUUUUUUUUAUCAGUGUUUUGAGUACUGUUUGGCUUUUACAUGCAGUUUUUUAGAUUUUUCUUCUGCUAUACCGCUUUCCUUUGAGAUUCCUUGACUUUCUCUUUUAGUUUGCGCUCUCUGCAGUUUCUUCAGCCGUCUUCUUCUUGACUUUGCAUUGUUUGCCAGUGACGGAGGGCUAGAUGUAAGAUUGGGUAUAUGUGAGCUGGAUUCCACCCUCUGUCCAUCUUUGUGACGUAUUGAGGCAGAUGUGUGACCUUCUGGAUUGCUGGAGUUGAAGAUCUCUGGAUUGUGAAGCUCGGCUUUUGGUACAGUGCCAUUAUUUUUGCAACUAGUAAAAAGAUACAUAGAAAAAUUGGGCAUUACUACAUAUUACUGAAUAUUACUGUGCAACUAAAGCUUGUUUACCUCUGCCAGCAUUUCAAUAGAACUAAGCCCUUACAAGUAGAGCAAAUUCAGUAUUAGAACCAGAAACUCACCCUCCCCACCAGUACCACUCUACACACUGUUCCUCCUCUCUCAGGCUGAAGCAGGGCAUUUCCAAGAUGUUGAAAAACACGCUGCCAACAAUUGAGGACAUUGUAUCAUUAAGGGCGUGAAGACACAGUCUAAACCUAAGGAAACAAUGAAGACAUGAGACCAAUGGUGCAUUCUAUGAAAAUUCUGGCACUAAAGCUACAAAGCAGGAAUUUUGAGAUCACUUGCCAAUUUGUGAUUGUGGACAGGACGUUGGCCGAUGACAGGCUGCCGAACCCGCUCCCUGACAUGGUUUGGGCAAUUAUGGGAGUACGAGACCCCCAAAGUAAUUGUGGUCAAGAAUCGUCAUCUUGGAACCAUAUACAGACUAUUGCAGCUUUUGAUAAUAGUGUACUUUGCUUGGUAUGUGUUUGUGGUCCAGAAAGGAUAUCAGGCUCGGGAGACAGGUCCAGAGAGCGCUGUUAUCACUAAAGUCAAAGGGGUCUCUAUGUCCAAAGUCCAAAGAGGAACUAAGAAGAUCUGGGAUGUUGCUGAGUAUGUGAAGCCUCCAGAGGGCGGCAGCAUUUUCACCAUCAUAACCAGGACAGAAAGCACCAAACUCCAGACCUUGGGAACCUGCCCUGAGAGUAAGAGUGUUAUUGAUGCUCGCUGUGUCUCAGCCGAAGACUGUAAAAAUGGAGAGAUGCAUGUGCUUGGUCAUGGAGUGCAGACCGGGCGCUGUGUCAGUUCACCUCGUGGAUCACUUAAAACUUGUGAGAUUCUUGCAUGGUGUCCGCUGGAAGAUGAAACUGUGACUAGUGAGUCAUUGCAUGAGUUUAUCCCAAGCUUCACCAUCCUGAUCAAGAACAACAUCCAUUUCCCUCAGUUUGGAUUCUCCAAGGGUAACAUCGAGGGGAACGAUGCCUUGAAGAAUUGUACUUACCACCCUGUACACUCUCAUUCAUGCCCAAUUUUCACCAUGGACUUUAUUGUAAAAGAAGCUGGUAUUAACUUCACAGAAAUAGCAUAUAAGGGAGGAAUCAUUGGCGUUAUCAUUAACUGGAACUGUAAUUUAGAUUUACCUCCCUCAAAGUGUCGUCCACAGUAUUCAUUCCGACGCCUCGACCUGCAGAACAAUAUUUCUACUGGUUAUAACUACAGGUUUGCCAAGUAUUACAACAAGAAUGGUUCAGAAGUCCGCACGUUAAUAAAAGUUUAUGGAAUCCGUAUUGAUGUCAUUGUGCAUGGACAGGCUGGAAAGUUUAGUCUCAUCCCAACCAUCAUUAACUUGGCCACAGCCCUGACUUCCAUUGGUGUUGGUUCCGUGUUCUGUGACUGGAUACUGCUGACCUUCAUGAACAAAGACCACAUUUACAGUCUCAGGAAAUAUGACAAGGUUUGGAAAUUAGAAGAGACAAAUACUGCAACAGUUACCACAGUUAGCUCUCCCCAGGACUCACCCGCUACCUCUGAAUCCCUCUGCACCAAUCAUGAUCCUCCAUUCAAAGACAGCAGUCCUUCAUCCAAGAGUGUCACAGAUCAAGAGGGCCAUCAAGAGCAAUCACAAAGUCAUGGGACAAAGCCUCCACCAGGAAGCUGACAUUUCAAAGAGAGGCUUAAACUCUCUAUAAAGGUCUAACAAUUUUUAUCGAUGAUUAAAGACUCAGGAACGUACAAAUUACUGUCUCUGUCUGGGUUUAGUCUGGAUGACUUUAAAAGGCUCUCAACUUAAAAAAAGAAAACUGGACAGAAGUAAAAGGAAUCAAGGACUACCACUCAACAUUGGACCACCAGCGCUAACUGAUGUCACACUCUCUUAGACAAUGCACAACCUUUGCUCUAAACCCUAACUCAUAUUUACUGUAAUGUAUUGCCUCUUUUUGUAAAUAUAUCUCAAACUAUAUUCCCAUUUGUCAUUUUUUACAGUUCCCGGAUAUUUCCUAUUUUAUUCCUUUCUUUACUACUUUAGCUGCUGCUAAAUUCUUACACGACCUAUAAUCAUAUGAUCUACCUAUCCAUUACAUUUUCUUACUUCUAGCUACUUCUGCCAUCUUUCUUUUGGGACCUCCCUUCUUUUCUUUCUGUUUGAGAGUCCAGGACACUCGUCCUUUGGGGAUUCAUGAGCAGGGAAAUCAUAAGCAAUGAUCUUUCUCUGUAGAUAACAAGAUUUAACAGUAAUUAUAAAGAUCAGGACCUGUGGUCUCAGAUUUACUUCCAUUACUUUGUAAUCUACUUACUGCACAACAUCUUUUUUCAUCUAAUUUUACAAGUGAAAUGGAAGCCUUGUAUAUUAGGACGCCUCACAGGAAUAUUAUCAGGAGAUGUAGUAAGUGCUGAGAACUGUCCAUAAAUCAAUUAUCAAGUUGCUUGUGGUAUUAGAGUGGCCAUAAUGAAAUUCUGAGCAUAUCUCCUAGAUGAAGCCUAGCUGUACUGUCAGUUUUCAGAAAAAGACACCAGCUAAAUAUAUAUAUAUAUAUAUAUAUAUAUUGGGGCGCAUAUCACCCCGAACAAUUCAUAGAGUUCAGGGGAACAAACCUAUAAGAUAAGUACUAGGACAGAUGUACAGAAUACCUGGGCUAUAAAAGUGUUGAAUGUUCUUAAAAAUAGCAACAUGUUACAAAGAUGUCUCUAUAUGUGAUACAGAAAGAACACACCUGAUAAUGGGGAUGUAUGAAUUCCUUCUAUUUUAGAACUGAAAUAAUUUAAUGUUUGCUUCUUACUAACCAACAUCUAUGAAGAAAAACUUUAGGAAGAUGAUAAAAAUUUGCUAUAUGAUCUUUAGAGGUCUUAAAGGGGUACUCCGGUGGAAAACUAAUUUUUUUAAUCAACUUGCUCCAGAAAGUUAAACAGAUUUGUAAAUCACUUCUAUUAAAAAAAAAUCUUAAUCCUUCCAGUACUUAUCAGCUGCUGUAUACUACAGAUAAAGCUCUGCACUUCUUUCCAGUCUUACCACAGUGCUCUUUGCUGACACCUCUGUCCGUGUCAGGAACUGUCCAUUGCCUUGGUGAAUAUUCAUACUGCUAUCUUUUAAGACAAAAAAAAAAAAGGAUUGAAGUAUGAUUCAGUCCUACAUGUGGUCAAGCCCUGAACACAAAGCCUUUAAAUCUAUAAUUUAUACCACUUCAAAGGGUAUAUCUGACUUUAAACACUUUUUAACAAUGUACAUAUAGAAUCCAUGUGAAAAGUUGAAUAACGUUGUAAUUAUAUUUUAUUUAUUGUGGACGGUUUCUCUCUGUGUGUCAGUCUUAAAUAUAAUCCAGAACUGAAUUCACAAUUCUGAAAGCUUCAGAACUAAAAUCUCCCAGAAUUAUUCUGAAUGACUGUAAUCUUUGUACUAAUGAAUUAAGAAGCGC